GCAAGUCACAAUUCGGUACCACCAGCAAAUUCGUGUCAACCAUGAAGACAUUUGUCGUGGUCACCUGCCUGCUAGUAUGCGGUGCAAACUGUGUCCCCAUCACCGAAGAGGCGGAAAAGGAAAUAAAUGAUAUUAUCCAUAGUUCUUCGACAGUAUUGAAUCUAGAAACUCUACAAGCGACACAAUUUGAUAUGCCCGAACACGUAUUCUUCCACCUGUACACAAAAUACAACACGGAAGUUUCGCAACCAUUGAACCCGAAUGACACUGCUGGAUUAAGGAAUACCUACUUUGAUGCAAGGAAGCCAACGAAAAUCAUAACACACGGAUAUCAGGACUCUGACAUGGACGAAGCGGUCACCGCGAUUCGUGAUGCCUUCCUUAAACAUGGCGACUAUAAUGUUAUUACUGUCGACUGGGGCUCAAUAGCAAAGAAGAAUUAUAUUACGGCAAGUGACCAGGUUUUACCGGUCGGGAAAUACCUCGCCAGCCUGAUCAGUUUUCUUCAGACACAAGGAAUGAGUUUAGACCAACUGACUCUUGUCGGUCACUCUCUUGGAGCUCAUGUCGUUGGAUUGGCAGGCCAUAACGUAGGCGGCAAUGUAAAGUUCAUUGUCGCUUUGGAUCCGGCUCUUCCAAACUUCCCCCACAGGAACGAUGACAACAAACUUCGUCGCAUUGAUGCCAAGUACGUGUUGGUAAUACACACGAACGGUGGUGGUUUCGGCUACGAAACCACCAUCGGUCAUAUCGACUUCUAUCCGAAUGGGGGCUCCUUGCAGCCUGGCUGCCUCAGCAACGCUCAGGUCGCCUGUUCCCACUCACGCUCGCACCAGUACUAUGCUGAAUCUAUCAACAGUGCGAGGGGCUUUUGGGCAGUACAGUGCAAUAACCAAUACGACUUCUACAAUGGCGAAUGUAAAUCGCACGCCAAGGUUCUUAUGGGUGGCGUCGAACCGGACUAUCGUGCCACUGGUGUUUACUACUUGGAGACCAACUCUAAAGCCCCGUUCGCGAAGGGCCCAAUGUAACUUGAUUCUGCAAUUAUGCAGUGUACACUGCGUGAAGCAAGUAUACUGUUUUUAGUUAGUCGUAGGGUGACAUUUGAUUGUAUUGCCUGAGCUAUAGCAAUAAAUUUCCACUGAAUCAUUUCAUUGGAAAAAAAAUA